AUGCAGAGACGGAUGUUCGAUCACAUUCAGAGUCUAGACAAGUCAAGGAACAACUGGAAGAUCAAAGCAAGGCUUGCACGUUUCUGGGCUACAUUUUCCCCUGAAACUUCAGCAAUUAAAGGAUUCAACCUCAUCCUUCUCGAUGAUGAUAAUUCCCACAUUCAUGCGUAUGUUUACCCGGACAACUGGAGAACUAUUGACAAAGAGGUUGUUGAAGGAAAUGUUUACGUCAUUGAAAACUUUCAGGUCAGGGAAACCAUUGGGAAGCUCAAGCCUGUGUCCACAAGGUUAUGCAUACGACUUCUGAGCAAUACUGUUAUUGAGCCUGUUGAAGAUGAUGUUAUGAUCCCAAAACACAAAUUUGAGUUUAUGGAUAUGGGAGACUUGCUUUUCGAGUGCCAACGUCUGACAGAGAAUCAGAAUCCUGAGUUUGCUUAUGAUGUCAUUGGUGUUGUUGAACACUUCAAGAAGGUUAAGAGAGUUCAGACUCGAUAUGGAGAGAGGGACCAAUCACGCUUUAUCUUCACUGAUGGCAGGUAUAAUGCUUCAGUAUAUAUUAAAGUUUUGUUAAACGUGUUCUUUAGUUUAAAAUUCAAGGUCACUCUAUGGGGUGAUCUUGCCAGCUCUGUUAGUGAACGUUUCAAACCUGAUCUUGAGAAACCUGUUAUAGGCAUUCUCACAAGUGCCAAGUUGUCAACCUUUAGGGAGGAGCACCAGAUUGGAGCGUUGCCAUCCACAAAGAUUUUUUUCAACCCUGCUAUUGACUCGGUUGUUGAAUUUCGUGAAAGGUUAAUCGAAGAGGGUUACAAGCCACCUGAGGAUGCUGACAAAGGCACAUCUGAGCCUCCUGUUAGUCUGGUGAUUGAGCAGACGUCGUUCAGAGACCUUAUUGAGAACUCUAUCACUUAUCGUGACAUGAGAACUGUCAUCAUCAAGUUUGUCAUCUCCAAGAUUGAGGAUGAGGAAAAUUGGUGGUUUAAUAGCUGUGUUUCAUGCCAAGCUGAGGUUGAAAAAGUUGACAAAAAAUUUAAGUGUCCGGAAUGCAAGCGCAGUUUUGGAUAUUCAGAAAAGAGGUUUAGAAUUGUUGUGCUGGCUGAUGACUCCACCCUGGUGACUAAUAUCAUUCUUCUGGAUCGUUUUGUUAAGCGUGUAGCCGGUACAACAGUGGCUAAUAUCCUAAAUGAGAUUAAGAAGGAUAGCUCUGUAACUGUUUUGUCCACUCUGUUCAAAACCAUUAUUGGGAAGGAGGUUACCGUAUUGAUUAAGCUCACUGAUGCUAAUGUUGAUGGAGAUAGCAAUCUCUAUAACAUUGUGGAUCUAUGUGAUUCUGCUACGGAGGAGGUUGCUAUUGUCCAGGCUUCACCAUCCAACACUGCUCCCUCUUUUUCAAUGGAUGGGGUGGUUCCUGGCAUUGAGUUAUUCCAGACCCCGGGAUCAUCUCAAUCUGUCACAAAGAAAAUCAAGAUGGAGGGUUCCAAGGAUUGA